AUUGGAGGUCUGGGAAGCGAAGGGGGAAUUGUGAAUGGUGGUUGCAGUGAGAGGUUUCAUGGUGUGGGCCCGGAUGGGAGCUCCGAUCCUCGGACUCCUGUCUGACGUGUGCCAGUGGCCGUGUUCAUUCGGCUCACCAGACUUUCCUUGGGAUUUGGUGCACGCUUUCCAACACGGAUUGAUCAGCCUGAGCGCCGGCAAAUUUAUUAUCCUAAAAAGGAAAGGAAGGAAUGGAGGAACGCAAAGGAACAGCUAAAGUUGAUUACUUGAAGAGAAUUGAAAAGGACAUUCAGAAAAAAUGGGAUGAAAAUAAAUUGUUUGAGAUUGAUGCUGUUGAGCCGGGGAGUCCAGAGAGUAGCAAGCCAAAGUAUUUUGUCACCUUUCCCUACCCGUACAUGAAUGGACGUCUCCAUCUUGGACACACUUUUUCUUUGUCUAAAUGUGAGUUUGCUGUAGGAUUUCAACAUUUAAAGGGGAAAAGAUGUUUGUUUCCUUUUGGACUGCAUUGCACUGGUAUGCCCAUUAAGGCUUGUGCUGACAAACUGAAGCGAGAGCUGGAAUUAUAUGGUUACCCACCUCAGUUCCCAGAAGAGGAAGAGGAGGAAGAGAAACCUUCUGAAGCUCAAGAAGGAAUCAUUAUAGACAAGGCAAAAGGGAAGAAGAGUAAAGCAGCUGCUAAAGCAGGCCAAGCCAAGUUCCAGUGGAAUAUUAUGAAAUCAUUAGGCCUGACUAAUGAAGAAAUUGUGAAAUUUGCAGAAGCUGAACACUGGCUUGAUUACUUUCCAGUUUUGGCUGUCCAGGAUCUUAAAAGAAUGGGAUUAAAGGUUGAUUGGCGACGUUCCUUCAUCACUACGGAUGCAAACCCUUUUUAUGAUUCAUUUGUCAAGUGGCAAUUCGUGACUUUAAAAGAAAAGAAGAAAGUCAAGUUUGGAAAAAGAUACACUAUUUAUUCUCCAAAGGAUGGGCAACCGUGCAUGGAUCAUGAUCGACAGACUGGAGAGGGUGUAGGACCUCAGGAAUAUACUUUAAUUAAAAUGAAGAUCCUUGAGCCUUAUCCUGCAAAAUUAAGUGGCCUUAAAGGUCAAAACGUCUUUCUAGUGGCUGCUACUUUAAGACCAGAGACCAUGUUUGGACAAACCAAUUGCUGGGUUCGCCCUGACAUGAGGUAUAUUGCUUUUGAAAUAAUGAAUGGAGACGUAUUUAUCUGUACGCAGCGGGCAGCAAGGAAUAUGUCUUUCCAGGGGUUUACCAAAGAAAAUGGAAAAGUGCCUUUGGUGAUGGAGCUAAUUGGAGAGGACAUCCUCGGUGUGUCACUGAGUGCUCCUUUGACAUCCUACACUGUUAUCUAUGCUCUCCCUAUGCUCACCAUCAAAGAAGAAAAAGGCACUGGCAUUGUUACCAGUGUUCCAUCUGAUGCUCCAGAUGACAUUGCAGCUCUCCGAGACCUCAAGAAUAAGAAGGCACUGAGGGAGAAGUAUGGAAUUUCUGAUGAAAAGGUCCUACCCUUUGAACCAGUUCCUAUUAUUGAAAUCCCAGGCUAUGGAAACCUCUCAGCACCAACUGUGUGUGAUCAAUUGAAGAUUCAAAGUCAAAAUGAUAAGGAAAAGCUUAUAGAGGCCAAAGAGAAAGUUUACCUGAAAGGUUUUUAUGAAGGGAUAAUGCUUGUGGAUGGGUUCAAAGGACAGAAGGUGCAUGAAGUCAAGAAGCUAAUUCAACAAAAAAUGAUAGACAAUAGAGAAGCUAUGAUCUACAUGGAACCUGAGAAGCAAAUUAUAUCAAGGUCUGCUGAUGAGUGUGUUGUAGCUUUGUGUGAUCAAUGGUAUCUGGACUAUGGUGAAGAAAACUGGAAGAAACAGGCUAUGGAUUGCCUGUCAAAGCUGGAAACAUUCUGUGAUGAAACCAGGAGGAACUUUGAAGCUAGCCUUAACUGGCUGCAAGAUCAUGCCUGCUCAAGAACUUAUGGCCUCGGCUCCCGUUUGCCAUGGGAUGAUCAGUGGCUGAUAGAAUCUCUCUCUGAUUCCACAAUUUAUAUGGCUUACUACACAAUAGCUCACCUAUUACAAGGUGGAACACUGAAUGGUCAAGCAUCUGGUCCACUGGGCAUCAGACCAGAACAGAUGACUAGAGAAGUUUGGGAUUAUAUCUUUUUGAAGGAUGCUCCUCGCCCAAAAACUCAAAUUCCACAAAAGAGUUUAGACCAACUGAAAAUGGAAUUUGAAUAUUGGUAUGGAGUGGAUUUGCGAGUUUCUGGGAAAGACUUGGUUCCAAACCAUCUCUCAUACUAUCUGUAUAAUCAUGUAGCCAUGUGGACAGAUGACAGUACAAAGUGGCCUGAAGCUGUAAGAGCGAAUGGACACUUGCUACUAAAUUCAGAUAAGAUGUCUAAGUCAACGGGGAACUUCCUUACUCUGUAUGAGGCUAUUGACAAAUUCUCUGCAGAUGGGAUGCGGUUUGCUCUUGCUGACGCUGGCGACACGGUGGAAGAUGCUAACUUUGUAGAAACAAUGGCUGAUGCAGGUAUUCUGCGACUGUACACAUGGGUGGAAUGGGUGAAGGAGAUGAUUGCAAACCAUGUGAGCCUCCGCAGUGGACCAGCUAACACCUUUAAUGAUAGAGUCUUCAUCAGUGAGAUGAAUGCUGGAAUUCUGAAGACAGAGCAGCAUUACGAGAAGAUGAUGUUCAAGGAUGCUUUAAAAACAGGCUUUUUUGAAUUCCAGGCAGCAAAGGACAAGUACCGUGAAGUUGCUGUGGAAGGAAUGCAUCGGGACCUGAUUUUCCAGUUCAUUGAAAUUCAGACUCUUCUGCUCACGCCUAUAUGUCCUCACCUUUGUGAGCAUAUCUGGAAUCUUCUAGGAAAGACUGAGCCAUUAACGAAUGCAAGAUGGCCAGUAGCUGGACCUGUGGAUGAAAUUCUCAUUCGUUCAUCUCAGUAUCUGAUGGAAACUGCACAUGACAUUCGUCUCCGUGCCAAGAAUUAUAUGGUUGCUGGAAAAGGAAAAAAAGGAGAAGCAAAACAAACACAGAAACCAUCUCACUGCAAUAUCUAUGUGGCAAAAAAUUACCCUCCAUGGCAACAUACUACCCUUCUACUGCUGCGCAAACAUUAUGAGACAAAUGGUGGUCAGCUGCCAGACAACAAAAUCAUCGCUAGUGAACUGAAAGACCUGCCCGAGCUGAAGAAAUAUAUGAAGAAAGUUAUGCCUUUUGUGGCAAUGAUUAAGGAAAACCUGGAAAAAAAUGGGCCUCGAGUUCUUGAUUUGGAGCUAGAAUUUGAUGAGCGAAGUGUCUUGAUGGAGAACAUUGUCUACUUAACAAAUUCUUUGGAGCUGGACCAUAUUGACGUGUUCUUUGCAACAGAAGCAGAUGAUAAAAUCCGAGAAGAGUGUUGUCCAGGAAAGCCUUUCUGUGCAUUUCGAACAGAGCCUGGUGUUUCCCUAUCUUUGGUAAAUCCCCAGCCAGCAAAUGGACACUUCUCAACAAGGAUUGAGAUUCGGCAGGGUGAUAAAAAGGACACUAUCAUCCGAAGGCUAAUGAAGAUCGACAAGGGUAUUAAAGAUCUUGCAAGAGUGAAGCUUAUGAGGUAUGAAGACCCACUAUUGGGUCCCCGACGGGUCCCAGUCUUCGGGAAGGAAUCUGAGGGUAAAGUACCCAUUUCUGAGAAAGCAUCCUUUCACAUAGACCUGACUGCAAAGAAAAUCCACCUGACUGACAAUGGUUUGAAACUUGAUGUGGGUGAUACUUUGAUCUAUCUGGUACAUUGAUGCAUAUUGACACAAUAAAGCUCUUUGGCUUCACCGUGGUUGUCAGCUGUAAGACUUUCCUGUUGGUGUUGGCAUUUCUUUUUGAUUGCAUUUUAGUUAUCAAUUUGUAAAUGAAUGGAAUAAAACAUUUAAUACUCCUUUUGCUGUUACACUGGUUUUUAAACUGUGGUUUACCACCACAAGUUUUAUACUUUGAAGCAGAUGAGAACUUGUAUUAAAAAGUGGGGAAUUAAGACAGGCUCCCAGACAACUGCCUGUAGAUGUUGUUCUCUUGGAACCUAUCAGUGAUGGUAGUAAAUAAGCUGGAAGAACUAACAUAAUAGUUUGGAAAUCUUUUAUAUGAUGUCACUGGGCUAGAAUUUUGGAUCUUGAUUUCCUUUUCAGAUAUUUUGUAAGCAAAUUGCCACUAUACUCUCUUGAGUUCAGUUGAAUGAGAAGUGUACUCAUUGAAACCAAUAAAAGUCUUACUGUGGACCUGCUGGAGUCGAUGGAAGGAUGAGCAUAACAGAGACGAAAAGAACUUCCAUUGCAUUUCUCAAAAUAUAAUGUGGAGGUUCAGUUGCAAGCAUACAAUCUUUGAGUAUCAAGGGAAUUGGGAGCUGUUAGAUUAGUAUGAGAAUGUAAUUGAAAGAUGGAGCAAAUUUGCUACAAGUUUGCGAAAACAGCACCUAAGGGUACUUAGUUGAGAUGAUGAUGCCUAAAAUAACGGUAUUUCUUUUUAAAUAAAUAAUUAUUAUCAAAGUGAGUGCAGGGAUUUGGGUUGGAAAGGGCAAAAUUUGAAAAAUUAUGCAGAAAGGCUGAAUGCAAGUGGAAGAUUUUUAAUGACCUACAUAUUACCGAGAGUGUAAAUCACUAAUGAUCCAUAAAGUUCAUUUCUGUACUACUGUAAAUUGAGGGAUACUAUGUCAACCACGUUUGUAUUUCCUAGGAUUGAAAAAUAUCUGUUUAUGUAAGAGGUGAAUGAACUCUUCUGUCACACUAGCAGAUGUUAAGUCACUAGGUAAUUCAAAAUCUGAGAAGGGCAGAUUAUUGUUAACCUCCAGAGAUACUACUAAAGUCAGAUUUAUGGACUUCGGAGACAAAUCAAUCAUUCAAUAAAAUUAUGUUUGAAUAGGCUUGAGGGUUAAAUAGCCUACUAUAUAUUACUGAAUUUUUGAGCAAUAAAUUGAAGUUUAACUAAAAGUGAGUUUUUUGAUGCAUUUGAACUUUUCCACUAAUAAAUGGACAUCAUGUAGAAUUACCAUUUUACCUGUAGAAUGUAAAAUCUAACUUAUAAAACAUAUAGACUCCUUUCAAAAACCCAUUUGUUUGGUCAAAGGUGUGACAGUGACCUCUGAAGAGUCUAAGUGAGGCCAGAAAUUAGAAGAAAAAGAAACAAAAGACCACUGGUGAACUGUUUCACAAAAGAGCUUUUGCAGCAAGAACUGUCACACGUUCCCCAAAUUUUUAUAGUUGUUCGGCCCAUUUAGUAUAUAACCAACUUCAAAUUGUGUAAGGGGUGAAUGAACACUGUCGCGUAGCAAUGUAUUCAAGAUAACAUAGUCUUAAGGUGCUAGUUUGAUGUACUGGCAAAGCUGCUCUGUAAAUUGAAUGAUUGUAUUAACCAAAGUUUUUAUUUAUUAGCCCAAAGAAGUUACUUUGACAAGUAAAAAUAAAAUUGUCGAGAGCAUCACAGGGGUCUCUCCCCACCUAUUUGUGACAUUUACUGGGACCGUUGCAGAAGAGGGGCCUGAAGCAUAGCUAAGGAAUUUCCUAGCAUCCAUCUCUUUGACCCACCACCGUCAGGAAGAAGGUACGGCAGCAUCAGGACUGGGACUGCCAGACUGGCUAACAGGUUGUGAGACUGAUGACUACCCCACCAGCAACGAAGUCUCCUCACUAGGACAGCGAGCUGUUUACUGUUAAUCUCUGCUGUGCACUACAUGCAUUUUGAAUUAUACUUUAUUAACUUAUUCAUGGUGAUAUUUUUGUUUAUGUGCUAUGUGUGUUACAUGUCUUGUGGGUACGCCAUGGUCUGGAAGAACAUUGGUUGUAUACAGUAGUAUGUACAGACAG